ACAAAUGUUCUCUCUCUAGCGAAGAACCAGGAAAGAAAGACCGGUAGAGAAAGGAAGCCUCACGAAGGGUAGCUCUGAAACAAGAAAAAAGAAAAUUAACCCAAAAAACAACAGAUAGACAGCAGUCCCUGGAUGUUUCUUCUCUUUUCACUUUUGCGUUUUGCAGUGUUGGGGGAUGUGGGUUCAUCACUAAUGCUUCUUUUCUAUUGGUUUUGUAAGAAAAAAGAUUAUUGCAGAUGAGCAGAGGGGGAGAAAAAGAAAAGGCUUAAAACUUGAUCUUAUCUGAUCUCCAUUUUGGGUUUUGAUUGUUUUGUUGGAGGAGAAAAUGGUUGGGUAUAUUAAGAAGGAGAUGAUUGAAGAUUUAGCCAUUGUAGGAGGUUUGAUAGGGGUGCAAUUUGUGUAUGCAGGAAACUCUGUUUUCUUGAGCUAUCUAAUGUCUCUGGGCUUUACCCCUUCUACCAUUGUUAUCUUUUCUACUUUUGCCACCUUCCUCAUCACCUCUCCUCUUGCUGUUCAUUUUGAAAGGAGGAAAUGGCCCAAAGAACUCAGUAUCAAGUUGAUGAUCCAGCUCGUUUUGAUCUCUUUUGCAGGGGUAACUUUAUUUCAAUCGUUGUUCCUAAAGGGGAUUAAGCUAACCUCCCCAUCACUGGCCACAGCCAUGCCAAACCUUGCUCCAGGACUUAUUUUCCUGAUUGCUUGGACAGCAAGGCUAGAGAAAGUUAAGCUAAGCUGCCUAUACAGCAAAGUGAAGAUUGUAGGUACAUUGCUGUGUGUCGCAGGAGCCCUCUUAAUGAGUCUAAUGCACAGCUCUAAAUCAACAAAAGAUGCCGACUUGCUGCAAGUUCCCCCUGUGGAUGUGAUUUUAGAUAAGCAAAAGAUGAUUGGUUGCUUAUAUCUCAUGGCUGCUGUUUUUGUACUAUCGAGCAAUGUCGUAUUGCAGGCUUCUACUUUGGGUGAUUUUCCUGCUCCAAUGUCCCUGUGUGCCAUAACAUCCUUGAUUGGUGUGGUUAUAACUGCAAUUGUGCAAUGGUUUCAAGAUCCAAUUUUUGGAAUUACUUGGCCUUUCAUGAAACUUGGAGACCUAGUUGGCUAUUCCUUACUGGCGGGGGGUGUGGGUGGAGCAUGUGUGAGCUUCAAUGGAUGGGCAAUGAAGAAGAGGGGACCAGUUCUAGUGUCCAUGUUUAGCCCCAUUGGAACAGUCAUCUCAGUUGUUCUCUCUGUCAUUACCUUAGGCGAAAGCAUUGGAGUCGGAAGCCUUGCUGGAAUGCUGCUCAUGUUUACUGGUCUAUACUUCGUGCUUUGGGCGAAGGGAAAAGAGGGAUACAUUGAUGGGGAAAGUGAGUUCGAUACAAAGAAGCCUCUGUUAAGUUAACAAUGUCAUUAUUCUGAUAGAUUUGUACUUUGUUUCGUCGAUAGGCCUCUAGCUAGAAGGUAGAAAACAAGUGGGUGGACUGGACACUGGAAAAUUACUUUGAAUUAUGGAGUUUAGUAGACGAAUUUGCUGGUUU